UCGCCGCUUCUCUUACGCUGCUCUCCGGCAGAGCGGCUGCGCCUGCGUAAGGGAGGCAGCAAAGCCGUCUCGAGAGGCGUCCGGGGCUCCGUGCGCAAGCGCAGUCGAGGUUUCCCUAGCAGCGGCGGCGGGUGCUGACCAUGGCGCUGGCGCUCGGGGAGGGCGGCGGCGGCGGCGGCGGGGGGAGCCGGCUGCGGCGGCAACUGGAGUCGGGGGGCUUCGCGGCGGCGGAGUACGUGAAGCAGCUGUCGCAGCAGUCGGACGGCGACCGGGAUCUGCAGGAGCACCGGCAGCGCAUCCAGGCGCUCCAAGAGGAGACGGCGCAGAGCCUGAAGCGCAACGUCUACCAGAACUACCGGCAGUUCAUCGAGACGGCGCGGGAGAUCAGCUACCUGGAGAGCGAGAUGUACCAGCUCAGCCACAUCCUCACCGAGCAGAAGGGCAUCAUGGAGGCCGUCACACAGGCCCUACUCCUGCAAGCCGACCGCGACGACCCCGCCCUGGGCGCCCGCCGCGCCGCCGCCGCCGACCCCUUCCUGCCACUGUCGGCUAAGGAGGCUGCGGCCAGCGAGGAGGGCCGGCAGCGGACGCUCACCACCCUGCUGGAGAAGGUGGAGGGCUGCCGCGACCUGCUGCCCGAGAGCCCCGGCAAGUACCUGGUGUACAACGGCGACCUGCUGGAGUACGACGCCGACCACAUGGCGCAGAUCCAGCGGGUGCACGCCUUCCUGAUGAACGACUGCCUGCUGGUGGCCACCGCCCUGCCCAACCGCCGCGGCGCCUACCGCUACGACGCCCUGUACCCCCUGGAAGGGUUGGCCGUGAUUAACGUCAAGGACAACCCGCCCAUGAAGGACAUGUUCAAGCUGCUCAUGUUCCCCGAGAGCCGCAUCUUCCAGGCCGAGAACGCUAAGAUCAAGAAGGAGUGGCUGGAGGUGCUGGAGGAGACCAAGCGCAACCGGGCCCUCAGUGAGAAGCGACGCCUGGAGCAGGAGGCCCUGCCCCGGCCCGCCCCAACACCUCCUGAGUCCACCAACCCCUUCGAGGAGGACGAGGAUGAGGAGGAGGAGGAAGAGCCCUCUGCUGAGGAGGAGACGGUCGACCUCUCGCUUGAGUGGAUCCAGGAGCUGCCGGAGGACCUGGACGUCUGCAUCGCUCAGCGGGACUUUGAAGGGGCUGUGGACCUGCUCGAUAAACUCAACGAGUACUUGGGAGACAAGCCUGCGAGCCAGCCCGUGAAGGAGCUGCGGGCCAAGGUGGAUGAGCGGGUCCGGCAGCUUACUGACGUGCUGGUCUUUGAGCUGUCUCCGGACCGCUCGCUGCGAGGAGGGCCACGAGCCACGCGCCGAGCCGUGUCCCAGCUCAUUCGCUUGGGCCAGUCCACCAAGGCGUGUGAGCUCUUCCUGAAGAACCGGGCGGCCGCGGUGCACACGGCCAUCCGACAGCUGCGCAUUGAAGGUGCCACGCUGCUCUACAUCCACAAACUCUGCCACGUCUUUUUCACCAGCCUUCUAGAGACGGCCAGAGAGUUUGAGACGGACUUUGCUGGCAACAAUGGCUGCUACUCUGCCUUCGUUGUGUGGGCCCGCUCUUCCAUGAGGAUGUUUGUAGAUGCCUUUAGCAAACAAGUGUUUGACAGUAAAGAGAGCUUAUCAACUGCAGCGGAGUGCGUGAAGGUAGCUAAAGAGCACUGCAAGCAGCUCAGCGACAUUGGACUGGAUCUCACCUUCAUCAUUCAUGCCCUUCUGGUAAAGGAUAUCAAAGGUGCUUUGCAGAGCUACAAGGAUAUCAUCAUCGAGGCCACCAAGCACCGCAACUCUGAGGAGAUGUGGAGGAGGAUGAACCUCAUGACUCCAGAGGCUCUGGGGAAACUCAGGGAGGAGAUGAAGAGCUGCGGCGUAGGCAAUUUUGACCAAUACACUGGUGAUGACUGCUGGGUCAACCUUAGCUAUACUGUAGUAGCUUUCACUAAGCAGACUAUGGCCUUCUUGGAGGAAGCAUUAAAGCUUUACUUUCCAGAGUUGCACAUGGUUCUUCUGGAGAGCCUUGUGGAAAUCAUCCUAGUGGCUGUCCAGCAUGUUGAUUACAGUUUACGGUGCGAACAGGACCCUGAGAAGAAAGCAUUCAUUAGGCAGAAUGCAUCCUUCCUUUAUGAAACUGUCCUUCCUGUUGUGGAAAAAAGAUUUGAGGAGGGAGUUGGAAAGCCAGCCAAGCAGCUACAGGAUCUGAGAAAUGCUUCAAGAUUGAUGCGAGUAAAUCCAGAAAGUACCACCUCUGUGGUGUGAAAUAAAUGAACAGUUCUUAUGAACAGAGUGUGAAAGCAGUUAGUGAAAACACUGUACAUUGCAUAUGUGAACUAAAUGGUUUUUUUGAGCUCCUGGAAAAUGAGGAAGUCUGGUUGCAAGAUUGCAGAGACUGAAGUUACAGUCAAAGGCUUCAAGGGUCCAACACUUCUUCUGAGGGGGUGCAGGAAAGUGAGAGGUAGCUGUUGAAAUCAUGUGUCCUUGUAAAGCAUAUCCUGUAAGAAUGGUUAAUGUAGUGUUUGUGACUUGGGAAGUACUAUGAUGUACAAUUUUUGGCCAAAUGUUUGUGAAAACCUUAAAUAUAUGUACGUUGUUCAGCAGGAAAAGAUCACUUCUUGUCA